AUGACGACCGACAUCUCGGUGUCCCGCUGGGACCCGUCAAUCGGCCACGGCCAGGAGAUCAUCGACGAUUUCGAGUACGACGGCGGCAACUCAUCAUCGAGGCUUUACGAACGAUCGCGCAUUAAAGCGCUAGCCGACGAACGAGAAAAUGUACAGAAGAAGACGUUCCAGAAAUGGGUGAAUUCCCAUUUGGUCCGUGUGGGUUGCCGUAUCGGCAACCUCUACGAGGACAUGCGCGACGGCAAGAUGCUUAUAAAAUUGCUGGAAGUCCUAUCAGGCGAGAGAUUGCCGCGACCCACUAAGGGAAAAAUGCGUAUCCACUGCCUUGAGAACGUGGACAAAGCGCUGCAGUUUCUGCGCGAGCAGCGAGUGCAUCUAGAGAACAUGGGCUCGCACGACAUCGUCGACGGUAACCCGCGCCUCAGCCUCGGUCUCAUCUGGACUAUCAUCUUACGCUUCCAGAUACAAGACAUAACAAUCGAAGAGACUGACAACAAAGAAACAAAAUCGGCGAAGGAUGCCCUACUGCUGUGGUGUCAAAUGAAGACAGCCGGCUACAACAACGUCAAUGUGCGCAAUUUCACGACCUCGUGGCGCGACGGUCUCGCUUUCAAUGCCAUCAUACACAAGCACCGACCUGACCUCAUACAGUUCGAGAAGUUACACAGAAGCAACCCAAUACAUAACCUAAACAAUGCUUUUAAUGUCGCCGAGGAAAAGCUCGGACUCACCAAGUUGUUGGACGCUGAAGAUAUUGCUGUUGAUCACCCGGAUGAGAAAUCUAUCAUCACAUAUGUGGUCACAUACUACCACUACUUCAGCAAGAUGAAGCAAGAGACUGUCCAGGGCAAGCGUAUUGGUAAAGUCGUGGGCAUCGCAAUGGCGAAUGAAAAAAUGAUACAGGAGUAUGAGUCUCUGACGAGUGAUCUCCUACAAUGGAUCGAGAGGACCAUCGAAGCACUCGGCGACAGAACGUUUGCUAAUUCUCUGGAGGGAGUGCGACAACAGCUGAUACAGUUUGCCAAUUAUCGCACCAUCGAGAAACCACCCAAGUUCGUGGAGAAGGGCGACCUGGAGGUGCAGCUGUUCACGCUGCAGUCGCGCAUGCGCGCCGCCAACCAGCGGCCGUACACGCCGCGCGAGGGCCGCAUGAUCCACGACAUCAACCGCGCCUGGGAGCGCCUCGAGAAGGCCGAGCACGAGCGCGAGCUGGCGCUGCGCGAGGAGCUCAUCCGCCAGGAGAAGCUGGACCAGCUGGCGGCACGAUUCAACCGCAAAGCACAAAUGCGCGAGACAUGGCUGUCGGAGAACCAGCGGCUGGUGAGCCAGGAUAACUUCGGCUUCGACCUGGCGGCGGUAGAAGCGGCUGCUAAGAAGCACGAGGCCAUUGAAACCGACAUUUUUGCAUACGAAGAACGUGUUCAGGCCGUCGUGGCCGUCUGCUCAGAGCUCCAAGCCGAGAGAUACCACGACAUCGAGCGAGUGUGCGCGCGCAGGGACAACGUGCUGCGGCUGUGGGCCUACCUGCUCGAGCUGCUGCGCGCGCGCCGGGCUCGCCUGGAGCUCUCCUUGCAGCUGCAACAGAACUUCCAGGAAAUGCUCUACAUUUUAGAUUCCAUGGAAGAAAUUAAGAUGCGGCUGCUGACGGACGACUACGGCAAGCAUCUGAUGGGCGUUGAAGAUUUACUGCAAAAGCAUGCUCUAGUAGAGGCUGAUAUAAAUGUGCUGGGUGAACGUGUCAAGGUUGUUGUGGGUCAAUCGCAACGAUUUCUGGAACAAGAAGAGGGUGGCUACCGUCCUUGCGACCCGGCCAUUACUGUGGAACGCAUUCAGCAGCUCGAAAAUGCCUACGCUGAGCUUGUACAUUUGGCUGUUGAACGCAGGAAGCGCCUGGAAGACAGCCGCAAACUGUGGCAGUUCUAUUGGGAUAUGGCCGAUGAGGAGAACUGGAUCAAGGAGAAAGAGCAGAUUGUAUCAGUUGACGACAUUGGUCACGAUCUGACCACAGUGUACCUGCUGAUCUCAAAGCACAAGGCGCUGGAGGCCGACGUGCAGGCGCACGAGCCGCAGCUCAUGAGCGUGGCCGCGGUGGGCGACGAGCUCAUCUCGCAGGGACACUUCGGCGCCGACAGGAUACAGGAUCGCCUUCGUGAUAUCUUGUCCCAAUGGAAUCAUCUGCUGGACGUGGUUUCGUUAAGGAAGAACCGUUUGGACGCGGCUGUCAGAUAUCACCAACUGUUUGCUGAUGCAGAUGAUAUUGACCAAUGGAUGCUUGAUACUCUCAGGCUGGUGUCAUCGGAGGACACGGGUGUGGAUGAAGCACAGGUGCAGAGUCUGCUGAAGAAACACAAAGACGUAACAGACGAGCUGAAGAAUUACGCGAACAUAAUUGAACAGCUCAAGGAACAGGCGCGGUCGCUGAGCCCCGAGGACGCGGGCAGCGCGGAGGUGCGCGAGCGGCUGGCGGCCAUCGACGCGCGCCACGGCGAGCUGGCCGCGCUGGCGCGCCUGCGCAAGCAGCGCCUGCUCGACGCGCUCUCGCUCUUCAAGCUGCUGGCCGAGGCCGACGCCGCCGACCAGUGGAUCGCCGAGAAGCAGCGCAUGCUCGACACCAUGCUGCCGCCCGCCGACAUCGACGACGUUGAGAUCAUGAAACACAGAUACGACGGAUUCGACAAGGAGAUGAAUGCGAACGCGUCGCGCGUGGCGGUGGUGAACCAGCUGGCGCGCCAGCUCAUCCACGUGGAGCACCCGCAGGCGCCGCGCAUACAGGAGCGCCAGGCCGCGCUCAACGCCGCCUGGAGCGCGCUGCGAGACAAGGCCGAAGCCAAGAAGGACGAAUUGAAAGCGGCACAGGGCGUGCAGACGUUCCAUAUCGAGUGCAGAGAGACUGUGUCAUGGAUCGAAGACAAGAAACGUAUUUUACAACAAACGGACAAUCUCGAGAUGGACCUCAAUGGCGUGAUGACGCUGCAGCGGCGGCUGUCGGGCAUGGAGCGCGACCUGGCGGCCAUCCAGGCGCGCAUCGCGUCGCUGGAGGCCGAGGCCAGCGCCAUCGAGCACGACCACCCCGCCGACGCGCAGCUCAUCCGCGACCGCAUCGCGCACAUCACGCACAACUGGGAACAGCUCACGCACAUGCUCAAAGAACGCGACGCGAAACUGGAAGAGGCCGGCGACUUGCACCGCUUCUUGCGUUCUGUCGACCACUUCCAAGCCUGGCUUACUAAGACCCAGACAGAUGUUGCUUCAGAAGAUAUACCGUCCUCCUUGGCGGAAGCCGAAAAACUUUUGUCUCAACAUCAGACCAUCAAGGAAGAGAUUGAUAACUACAAGGACGAAUAUGCCAAGAUGAUGGAGUAUGGAGAGAAAAUCACAGCCGAGCCGUCGACGCAGGACGACCCGCAGUACAUGUUCCUGCGGGAGCGGUUGAAGGCGCUGCGCGAGGGCUGGGCUGAGCUGCAGCAGAUGUGGGAGAACCGGCAGCAGCUGCUGGCGCAGAGCCUCGAGCUGCAGCUGCUGCAGCGCGACGCGCGCCAGGCCGAGGUGCUGCUCGCGCACCAGGAGCACAGGCUGGCUAAGACGGAACCACCAACCAAUUUGGAGCAGGCGGAGAAUAUGAUUAAAGAACAUGAAGCAUUCCUUACAACUAUGGAAGCUAACGACGACAAAAUCAACUCUGUGGUGCAGUUCGCCAACCGUUUGGUCGAAGAGCGACAUUUCGAUGCUGACAAAAUUCAACGCAAGGCUGAAAGUAUUGAGGCAAGACGCAACGCCAACAGGGAAAAGGCUUUGCAACAGAUGGAGAAAUUGCAGGAUCAGUUGCAACUACAUCAGUUCCUACAAGAUUGCGACGAGCUCGGUGAAUGGGUGCAGGAAAAGAAUGUCACCGCUCAAGAUGACACCUACCGAUCAGCGAAGACUAUUCAUUCCAAAUGGACGCGCCACCAAGCUUUCGAGGCGGAAAUCGCGGCCAACAAAGAACGUCUAUUUGCGGUCCAGAACGCGGCCGAGGAACUCAUGAAACAGAAACCGGAAUUCGUUGAAAUAAUUUCUCCGAAGAUGCACGAAUUACAAGACCAGUUCGAAAACCUGCAAACGACGACAAAAGAAAAAGGAGAGCGUCUUUUCGAUGCUAACCGCGAAGUUCUCCUACACCAGACCUGCGACGACAUCGACUCGUGGAUGAACGAGCUCGAAAAACAAAUCGAAAAUACCGAUACAGGCACUGAUCUGGCAUCUGUGAACAUUCUAAUGCAGAAACAACAGAUGAUCGAGACUCAGAUGGCCGUUAAAGCGAAGCAGGUAACUGAACUGGAAACCCAAGCCGAAUAUCUACAGAAGACUGUUCCAGACAAAAUGGAGGAGAUCAAAGAAAAGAAAAAGACAGUGGAACAGAGAUUCGAGCAGCUCAAAGCACCUUUACUGGAACGUCAACGCCAGUUGGCAAAGAAGAAGGAAGCAUUCCAGUUCCGACGAGAUGUCGAGGAUGAGAAGUUAUGGAUCCACGAAAAGAUGCCUUUAGCUACUAGCACAGACUAUGGCAAUUCCUUGUUCAACGUCCAAAUGCUUCAGAAGAAGAACCAGUCCUUAAAGACUGAAACUGAUAACCACGAGCCUAGAAUCUUGACUGUCAUUUCCAAUGGCCAGAAGCUGAUUGACGAGGAACAUGAAGAUUCUCCCGAGUUCAAGAAGCUUAUUGAUGAACUAACCGCGCGGUGGCGAGAACUUAAAGAUGCUAUCGAAAAUCGUAAAAACAACUUAUCGCAAUGGGAGAAGGCUCAGCAGUAUCUGUUUGACGCUAAUGAGGCCGAAGCGUGGAUGAGUGAGCAAGAAUUGUAUAUGAUGGUGGAAGACCGAGGAAAGGACGAAAUCUCUGCUCAGAAUCUAAUGAAGAAACACGAAAUAUUAGAACAGGCGGUGGACGACUAUGCCCAGACUAUCAGACAGCUAGGUGAAACUGUCCGUCAGUUGACCAGCGAGGAACAUCCACUCAGUGAGCAGAUCUCAGUAAAACAGUCGCAAGUGGACAAAUUAUACGCCGGUCUCAAAGACUUGGCGGGAGAGAGGCGCGCUAAAUUGGACGAAGCUUUGCGACUGUUCCAACUGUCCCGUGAAGUUGAUGACUUGGAGCAAUGGAUUACAGAAAGGGAACUGGUCGCAAGCUCGCAGGAACUUGGACAGGAUUACGAUCACGUCACUCUGCUGUGGGAGCGCUUCAAGGAGUUCGCUCGUGAAACGCAAGCUGUGGGCUCGGAGCGCGUGGCAACAGCAGAACGUAUCGCCGACCAAAUGAUCGCCAUGGGUCAUUCCGACAAUGCUACCAUCGCGCAAUGGAAAGAAGGUCUUAAAGAAACCUGGCAAGAUCUGCUCGAGCUCAUUGAGACCAGGACACAGAUGCUGGCGGCGUCGCGCGAGCUCCAUAAGUAUUUCCACGACUGCAAGGACACGCUGCAGCGCGUGAACGAGAAGGCGCGCGGCGUGAGCGACGAGCUGGGCCGCGACGCCAUCAGCGUGAGCGCGUUGCAACGGAAGCAUCACAACUUCAUGCAGGACCUCAGCACUCUGCAGCACCAGGUGGAGGCGAUCAGCGCGGAGUGCGCGCGGCUGGGCGCGUCGUACGCGGGCGACAAGGCGCUGGAGAUCACGCGGCGCGAGGCCGAGGUGCGCGAGGCGUGGGCCGCGCUGCAGGCCGCGUGCGCCGCGCGCCGCCACAAGCUGCAGGACGCCGACCGCCUCUACCGCUUCCUCAGCCAGGUGCGCACGCUCGCGCUCUGGAUGGACGACGUCGUGCGCCAGAUGAACACCGGCGAGAAGCCCAGAGACGUAAGCGGCGUGGAGUUACUAAUGAACAACCACCAGUCACUGAAAGCUGAGAUCGACACCCGCGAGGACAACUUCACAGAAUGCAUAUCGUUGGGAAGAGAACUUCUGGCGCAACAGCAUUACGCUUCUGCGGACAUCAAGGAGAAGUUGCUGCAGCUCACCAACCAACGCAACGCGCUACUGAGACGUUGGGAGGAGCGAUGGGAGAACUUGCAACUCAUCCUGGAGGUGUACCAGUUCGCGCGCGACGCGGCGGUGGCGGAGGCGUGGCUGAUCGCGCAGGAGCCCUACCUCAUGUCGCAGGAGCUCGGUCACACCAUCGACGAGGUGGAGAGCCUCAUCAAGAAGCACGAGGCCUUCGAGAAGUCGGCCGCCGCGCAGGAGGACCGCUUCAGCGCGCUGCAGCGCCUCACCACCUUCGAGGUGAAGGAGAUGAAGCGGCGGCAGGAGGCGGCCGAGGCGGCGGAGCGCGAGCGGCUGGAGCGCGAGGCGGCCGCCGCCGCGGAGGCCGAGCGCGCGCAGCACGAGGCGCAGCAGCGCGCCCAAGAGACCGUCGACGCGCCGCAAGUCGUAAGGAGAACGUCCACUAAAGCGGCUGAGAAGGCCCAAGAACGACCACAUUCCCAGCCAGAAGCCAGUAGUCCCGCCCCCGACCCAGAGGCCCCGCCCACGUCCACGCCUUCGCCCGUUCAGGAUCCUCUCAGACCCACGACGUCGAAACAGACGCCUGCUAAACCUGCACGUCUCUCCACGGGCGGGUCGAGCUCGUCUCCCGCGACGCCGUCGACGUCGGGUAAGGUGAAGACGCGGUCUCGCAGCAAGUCGCCGUUCCGCAGCUUCCGCUGGCGCACCGCAAAGAAACUUCUCGCCGGAUCGCAUCACAGCGACGACGAAGAAGGUGCUAGCCCCUCCGGCGAAGAUGAGGGAUUCGAGGGCAACCUAGUGCGGAAACACGAGUGGGAGUCUGGAACAAAACGCGCUUCGAACAGAUCGUGGGACAAAGUAUACGCGGUGGCGAAGGACGGGCGUAUGAGCUUCUACAAGGACCAGAAGGCGUUCAAGUCUGCGCCCGAGCAGACGUGGCGCGGCGAGACUCCGCUUGACCUUAAUGGCGCCGUCGUCGAGGUGGCCGCCAACUACACCAAGAAGAAGCACGUCUUCCGACUCAGGCUGGGCAGCGGCGCGGAGUGGCUGCUGCAGGCGCACGACGAGGCGGAGAUGGGCGCCUGGCUGGCGGCGCUGGCGGCGCGCCUGCACGCGCCCGCGCCGCGCUCGCACACGCUGCCCGCGCCCACCAACCAGGAGCCCAAGCGCCGCUCCUUCUUCACGCUCAAGAAGAAGUCAGUGCACACGCUCUCCUUCCUCUGCUCGCCCUAA